AUGUUGGUUCUGCCGUCUAGCUCCAUCACUAGGGGUGCGAGGCUUUUUUCUACAUAUCGUGCUCUUCAGCAUGACAAUCCUUUGGGACUUCCACGCUCUGGUACCCCGCCAACUUUUCGUUCGCGCCGAGGGCUGCCUGAGAAGCGCAAGAUUCGAGAUGUUAACAAAAUUGUUGCAGUCUCUUCAGCAAAGGGAGGAGUUGGAAAGUCUACAAUAGCGGUGGCUAAAGAGAUCUUAUCAGUCAAUCUCGCACUAUCAUUUGCACGCCGUGGUAUCAGGACUGGAAUUCUUGACACCGAUAUAUUCGGUCCUUCUAUCCCCACCCUCCUUAAUCUCUCGGGCGAACCUCGCCUCGACGAAAACAACUGCCUCGUUCCUCUAACGAACUAUGGCCUUAAAUCGAUGUCAAUGGGCUAUCUCCUCCCCCAAACACAAGCCGACAGCACAAGUGGCGAGCUACCUAUGGACACAACACCAAUCUCAUGGCGCGGGCUAAUGGUAACCAAAGCCAUGCAACAACUCCUUCACUCAGUGUCGUGGGGACCACUGGACGUUCUAAUCCUCGACUUACCGCCGGGAACCGGCGACGUGCAGCUCACAAUCAACCAAGAAAUCAUCAUCGAUGGGGCAGUGAUCGUAUCCACGCCGCAAGAUAUCGCACUCCGCGACGCAGUGCGCGGCAUCGGGAUGUUCCAGCGAAUGGAAGUGCCCGUGCUCGGAAUGGUGCGCAACAUGGCAUAUUUCGCGUGUCCACGGUGCGGGACUCAGACCCGUAUAUUUUCGCAUGGUGAUAGCCACCACCACGCGCACGGUGAGAACCACGGCGUCGUGGCUGAGUGCAAGCGGCUCGGAGUGGACUUUCUCGGUGACAUCCCUCUGGAUGCUCGGGUGUGCGAGGAUGCUGAUCGUGGAAUGCCGACUGUUGUUGCUGAGGAGAAUGUUGAGCGCAGUGCGAGGCGGGAGGCUUUCCUUGGUGUUGCUGAGCAGGUAGCUCGGAAGAUUGGUCUUGAUUGGCACUGA